UUUGUGGCCCUUAAUUUGUACCCCUCUUUGGCUUUGCUCUCACAUUGGCUUUGUUGUUGUGAAUGUGAAACUGAAUUGGUGUGUAUUCAUUUUGUUUCAGGAGCAGAAAGUGCGGUUUAUGAAGCUGUUUUGGAUGGAAACAAGGUUGCUGUGAAAAAACCCAUUUUGUCUACCUCUGAUCACAUUGAUAAAUUCCACACGGAAUUGCAAAUGCUAUGCAAGUUAGAUCAUCCAGGAAUCGCCACAUUGGUUGCAACACAUGCAAAGCCUCCAAAUUACAUGUUUUUCUUCAAAGAGUCCCUAAAUUUGGCAGAGAAACUACACGUGGAAGAGUGGAAUCCAACUUUUGAUCAAGUGCUCACCAUCUCAGUCCAGUUAGCUGGUUUCUUCUUCCUCUCCCCUGUUGCUUUCUCUUUCUUCUUCUUCACUGAUGUUGCUUCUAUUCUCUGCUUCUUCUUUGAAUCUAUUAUCUACUUCCCCGCGUCUGCUACUACUCCUACUACUGCUGAUCUGUCUGAUUUCAUCCGGGCAGACUUUGGUUUAGCAGAAUAUAAGAAAGAUCUUAAACGAGUUUCUAUGGAGAACUGGAGAUCAUCUGGAAAGCCAACUGGUGGUUUCCAUAAAAAGAAUAUGGUUGGCACACUCAUUUAUAUGGCACCUGAAAUAUUUAGAAAGGAGAUACAUAAUGAAAAGUCUGAUGUAUAUAGUUUCGGUGCGACAAUCAAUGAACUGCUUACUGGUGUUGUCCCAUAUACUGAUCUUUGUGCAGAAGCGCAGGCCCACACUGUGCUGGAAAUGAACUAUACUGAACAGCAACUUACAGCAGCCGUGGUGUCUGAAGGAUUGCGACCUGCUCUUGCUGGUCACUGCUCGUCUGCACCAACAGGUUUCCCGUCCUUGAUACAGAGAUGUUGGGAUGCAAAUCCUCAAAAUAGUUCGGGGUGUUCCCCGGGCCUUCUCGUGAUUGUUACACGAUUCCGGCCCGCCGAGGCCUGUUUUCAAGCUUCGAUGUGAAAUGAGUACAUUUUC